CAAUUGUUGGUUCUUUCCCCCAAUUUUAUAUCCUCCAACAGCUGGGACUGAGCUUCUCCCGCUUGGGAAUGUAAGUGCUGGGAUUACUAACGGCCUGGCAGAUGGACAUUCGCCCCCCUUUUUUCCUCCUGUCCCUGAAUGCCUCACAUGGAUUCUGAACUUAUCGAGGCCAGAUAUCAUAAUCUCAUACUAAUGUCCCUAUGAAGCAUUCCAGUCAGACCUCUCGUGUUGGUAGAAGGAGCCAUGCAGCUAAUCAAUGAUGUAUCUCUGUCUGCUAUUUGUGUCCAGUAUGGAUCCACAACAUUCUGCAUUGACCCUGGACUGGCUCUGCGAGCUGAGAGCCGAUGGAGUGCAGUGUAAUUCUGUUUUGCACUAAAGUGGUCCAUGAAAUGAUCACACACGCACACACAAGUGGCUAAAGUGGCCACGGCUGUGCAUGCUCUUCAUUAUUGUCAAAACUGUGAAGUGGUUUUGUUUUUGUUUGUUUUCCAUUUCACACUUAUAACCAAGAUAGGCAGGCAUUUACUGAAGAUGAUCGCACCGGUUCCUCCCAUGUUUAAUGUCUAUAUCAGUUGCCACUGGAGGGCGCUACAGUGCCAUCGAAGCAGUCAAUAAGAUGCUCCUGGCUGCUUAACCAGACAGAUCCCCCAAGUCCCACUGCUCAUGAUCCCUAUGAGCCGAGGGAAAAAUGGCUCUGACACAGACUGAUGACUCAUGCAGGCUGCAGUUCUGAAUGUACAAGAGACAUCCUCAACGAAAGCUUCAUUAACAAGAGCCACGAUCUCACAGAUAAUACCGACACGGUGGAAUGGUUGGUUCACCUUUCAUAGCUGUCUUUUGUAGCACAAAGUGAUGGCCAGUGGUCAUGACCAUGGUCUAAAUAAAGAGCACUGAGAGCCAGAAUAAUAGCCUUCACAUCCCAACAGGAGCUUAAAAUAACAGACCGGAGCUGUCACCUUGGUGAAACCUGCAUAACAUGGUGCUGCAGCAAAUAUUCCGUAUUUUUAAUCACCAGAUCCUUAAUGAGACACAACAGAAGUGACAGGACAGAUUGCAGGAUGAGUUUGUUGCUGAUCCACAGUAUGUUCGUGCACACAGAACCCGUCAGCUGACGCCUCGCUGCUCCACUGAGCAGGUGUGAGUGUCCUUGACACAUGUUUAAUAAAAGACAGACCAGUGAUGCGACCGAGAACAUGUAUACUGCAGUGUGAGCGUGUCAUGAGAAAAUAGAACCUGAGCGGAGAGAGGAGAAGCUUAUUUUUCUCAAAAUAGGUGAGAGACAGUGUCUUCCUAUAUGGCAUCCAGUCAUUUCAAACCACCGUGUUAACACGUACAUCAAUAAAUGACAUAUUAUAAGAUAAGGACACAAUAUUAGAUACUCAGUUGAAAGUAUUUGAAAAUGAUCAUUAUUUGCUGUUUUGCGUGUCAUCUCUUAUAUGGCUUCAUUUGAAUAAAUGUUCUUGGUUAUUAAGUUGACUUGACACUACACCACACACCCCAUCCUAUUUGCAUAAGAAAGUUUUGUUUUGCUGGUAAAACCUCUGCACUUUAAUUGUGGAAGAAUGUUAAAUGUAUAGUAGAAUUUUGUACGUUUGCACCAGUGAAUCUCCCGUGAAUUGCAGUAUAAACAGAUUUAUGCAAACACUUCUGAAUAAGACAAAACCCCCACAUAAGCACACUAUACAUUUUUCUGUGUAUAAAGGCGUGCACAACUAUUUUUUUUUAAAUCCCGCUCUUGUGCUUUCUAUUGUUAGGGAAAUGUUCCGUUAGGCUCUUUGAUGUUAUUUCCUGUUGAAAAAAAUACAAUCAUUUCCUGAAAGAUACCCACAUGUUAUGUGUGCACAUGUGAACGUCUCACAGAGAAGGAGGAAGGCUUCAAGCACCAAGUCAGUAAAGGUUAGAGGUUAGGCAGAGCUGCAUCAGGACUCAGCGAGACAGUAGAACAGUCCGUGAACUCACCUGCCAAAGCCCAGGCUCCCACCAAGACAUUUGGAACAGCGAGAAGCAAAUACCCAAUGAAAGGCUGGACAGCUGUCUUACCUGUGCUCCCACUAUACACAGCGACAAGCGAAGGGCUCUGCCUGCUGUGAAAAGUUGAAAACGAGAGAGAGAGAGGGUGAGGGAAGAGUUAGAACUUGGGGGCACAAGCGAAAAAAGAGAAGAAUUGGAGUGGAGCUGUGAUGGAGAACCUGCCUGUCUACCACGGACCCAUCGGUAAAGAAGAAGGGGAGAGGCGUCUGGCCAAGGAUGGACGGGAUGGCUGCUACCUAGUGCGCAACAGUGACUCUGUGCCAGGUGUCUUCUGCCUGUGUGUGCUGUGCAAGGGCUAUGCCUACACAUACAGGCUCCACAAGGAUGACGCAGGCUCAUGGGCUGCAGAAACCACUCCUGGUGUGCAGAAACGAUAUUUCCGGAAAAUCAGGAACUUGAUAGCAGCUUUCCAUGAGCCCGCACAAGGAAUUGUCAUGCCCCUGCUCUACCCUGUCACUGCUCAGAGACGGGCACAGGCGCCCAGUAAUAGCCUGUCUCCAACACACAGCAGCCCAAACGCUUGGCUCCAGCAGCAGCAGCAGACACAGCAGCAGCAGCCACAGCAGCAGCAGCCUCAGCAGCAGCAGCAGCCACAGCAGCAGCAGCAGCAGCAGCAGCAGCAGCAGCCUCAGCAUCAUCAUCAUGUGCAGCAGGCACAUGCUUCUCGGGGACACAGAAACAAGAACAAGGAGAUGCGGAAAGUUUUAGGUUAGGGGUAAACCCUUUGUCUCACCACUGACCAAAAACAAAGAUCCUAUAUGAGGUCUUUACGUGAUAUAUCUCACUGUCUGUGAAAAAUUGUCUUUUUUCUCCCCUAAUUAUGUAGCUAAGUUUAAGUCAUUUAGACUCCAGCACUGACUCUGAUCUGAAGAUCUCUGGCUCCUUCUCUUUUCUGCAUAUGCAGCACAGAAAAGCACCUCAUAACUUUCUGAGAUGUGAAAUAUUCAGCUGCUCCAACAUUAAUAUCCAUUACUGCAUACGCAAGCUGACAACAAAUAUUGUGCUCUGUUUUCUUAAUGCAAUUCAGUUGUGCAAAAAGGCAAAGAAAAUAAAUGAUA